UACAAGCCUUAGUACCAAGGUAAUCCCUCUCAAGUUAUUUUUAGAUCACUUCGGACUUCAGAAAUCCCAGGAGGGUCAAGAAAUAGCUAAUCCUGUGACGAAGAUUUUUCUCACGUGGACAGCGCAAGCAGCUUUAAACUGAACGCACGGAGCAACAUUAUUCGCGGAAGCACUGGGUACCAUAUCUGAAAAUAACUUGAGAGGGAUUACCUGGGCAAUGAGGCCUAUAGGAGGAUUCACUCUGUUACUCUUCAUCUUCUCUUAAUUUCUACAAAUCCACCUUGAACAGUUCUUCGUGAAAUUAAUGCUAACAUUCGCAAGAUUGUCACUCAGACACUUGCCAAAGUACAAAUGAUGUAUUACAAUAACAAACAUGGCAGAUGAAUUUCCUUUAUCAUUCUACGUGAUUCAAUUUAAUGUACAGGAGUCUUUAAAAGCAGGCAUUAUGACCAGACAUAAUGUAAUUUAUGUCAAGGCAUUGUUCUCACGUGCUUUUCCGUGGUUGUACCAGGUACCUGUAGACAGCCAAUUGACCGACUAUAUAAAGCUGAUUACUGUAAUAAUUUUCCCUUUUUCGGCCUCGCUAUCAGAUCGAGCAGAAAACACAUACCUUGAUAUAAACAGUAUUGUAAAAGAUGUCAUGUUUAGCGUGAGAUGCGAUCGAGAUCUCAAUCAAACCCUAAAACUAAAACUUUAACUAAUCGUUAAUUCACAUGCAUCAUGUAUCUUAAAGACAGAGACAGGCACAGUUUUCUGGAUCCCAGUCCCCUGCGGAAGGACAGCGUGUUGUGGAUAUACGGAGACUCGGUCAGCGAGCAGUUUUUCUGGGGAGUCAGGCCACGACCGCUAUGCACUCAUGUUUUUAAAUGGUGUGGACACACAUACAACUGGAUCUACCAGUUAAAAGGGAAUAUAACGGCUGCCAAGAAUGCUGAUGACAAUCUCGACUUCAACUUCAUGAGAGUCGCUAGUGAGGUGUUAGACGUCAUAUCCAAACCAUUUUUCGACAAGAACAGUGUGAUUCUGUUAAAUGCCGGUUUACAUUACCUUGAGAGUACAAACUUCUCAAAUUAUCAAGAGACAGUUGGUUCAUUAAUAAGACUCUUUGAAGAAACAAAGAUGGUGACUACAGCCAAUGGAAAUUUGCUUUUUCCUGGUGAAAUGAUCUGGAGAUCAACAACGGCCUUAAAUAAACAAAAGCUGGAUGGGAGACACAUCCAAGCAAGAAGGUUUUUAACUUACCAGCAGCGUGUUCUUCUCUUCAACUCCUUCGCCACCGCCGCCAUGUGCCAGGCCAAUGUUCCUGUACUAGAUGUUCAUCCGCUGACCGAUUCUUAUCCGUACGGCACUGGCAAACCAUCCAGACCUAAAGAUGCGGUCCAUUACCAACAUUUUGUCUUCGAGUCGGCAGAGAGACUUUUAGAAGAUUAUUUUUACAAAACUUAUAAGAUGGAUUAAAGUUUUUUUUUCUUAAUUUCGUGAUUAUGUUGAUAUAAAUUGCUUCUAUGUCAUAAACAGUAAUCCUGAAACUAGGGGUGCUUUCCAUUAUGCCAAAAGUUCCAGUCGGUCGGACCGAAAUUUGCCAUUCUAUUUUGACAAACUGGUUUAUUGCCUGCUUCUCGUCAGUAGAUUUCACUUCUAUAGGGAAUUCGGGAGAGGAAUAAGCCCGGUUUGAUCGGAGAUGUCGUCCCAUUUUUCCUCGGGUAGUCCCGCUGGGUUGUACCGGUCGGUCUGGCAUAAUGGAGAGCACCCCAGGAACCACAUACAUAUCAGUUUUCAAC